CUCUGGAAGCGACCAGCUGUCGGGCACGUGCGGGCGACGGCAACCGGACGAGACGUGGCGUCCACGCCCGGGCCCCACCGCCACGCCCCCACCCUGCUACCGCCGAACCACCGCUCGCCGUCCGUCCAUCCAUGUCCCGCUCCGCCCCGCCUGCGCCCGCGCUUUUGUCCUCGGUGGCGGGCGCCUUUCCCCGGCCGCCUUUUUCCUCCACGUCCGCAGCGAAAGCGCCCUCCCCCUCACAUGCCCGCUGCGCGCCACGCCGAGAUGCGGAUGGCGGCCUCGGCGAUUCGGCCUGGUGGGUGCUGGCUCUAUUUAUUCCGGCCGGGCCGGGGCUCGCCCUCUCCGCGCCCGCCACGUACGUGAACAAGGAGCGCUUGGCUACCGCUGGCUAGCUAGCUUGCUACCAGCUGGGGCGGCGGCUAGCUGAGCGUGAUGGAGGAGAUCAGGCGGCGGAGGCGCCCGCGGGGCAGCGCGAGCGGCGGCGGCGCGGGGAGGCGGCGGCCGUCGUCGCGCGCGGCCGGCGCGGCGCUGCAGCGGAAGGUGCGGGAGCUGCGGCGGCUGGUGCCCGGCGGGGAGGAGGCGCCCGCGGGGGCCCUGCUCGCCCGCACCGCCGACUACAUCGCCCGGCUCCGGGCCAGGCUCGAGCUCCUCAGGUCGCUCGCGGCCGUCUACGGCCUCGUCGCCGCCGGCCGUGCCGACGCCGGAGCCGGUGAGUGCAUGAGCUGAUCCGUGGUCAUCCGGGACAUGGUGGGCAUGCACGAUUCAUCACGCGCCGCCAGAAUUGAUGCAUCACUCACGCACGCACGCACGCACGAACGCGACACAGUUCAGUUCGGAGAAAAUGUGAAGUACUGAAAUUGUAUGGGCGGUAUUGUUUACAAAUUUUGGAAUGGUUUUUUCUUUCCCAUCUUAUAGUUUCUACUUAGGCUAUUUUUGGGGGCUAAAAUAGAGCCCUGUCCAAAAUAUUUCUUCAUGAAUUUGCAUCUGUACUACCAUCACUUUUCAUCUAUACCAAGGUCUUGUGAUUUGUGAUGACACAUGCGCAUGCUGAUGGUAUAGAUAAAAAGUGCGCAUUAAGUGGUGGUAUGGACGAAAUUAUUCCGAUUUUA